AGGGACUAAAAGACUGCUGCGUACACAUCAGUCUAACUUUCACUUUAGUUUCGCCUUCAGUCAGUAGAGAGUACAGCCGAACUGUGUGUUCUCUGCUAGUCUCUUUUCUCACUUUACGACAGAACAGGUCGGUCAGACAGGAGGACAGGAGAACAGGACGGUAGGAGGACACGAGGACAGCCAUGGCUGACAUCUACAAGAACUGCCCGAUAAAUGAUCCGGAGGACGGAGGUCUGAAGGAUGAAGGCAGUGAUAACUUCCAGGAAGCCAAGAAGGAGCUGGAGACAUGGAAGACUAAAGCAGAGAAAGCUGAUGAUGUGAAAGCCCGGCUGAUCUUGGAAAAACUGGAAGAAGAUGAAGCCAAGGCGAAGGCUCAGCAGGAGAUGAUGGCUUGUGUUAAAAAGCAGGAGGAGUGUCACAAGCAAUUCUCCCAAAGCAUGAAUGCAGUGCAGGAUGAAAUCCAGAAGCUUGGAAAAGGCAAACAGGAUUUGAUGGACGAACUGAAGCGCUGUCAAGCUGAACUGGAGGCAAAGAGGGCCGAGUGCACAAGAAUGCAGCAGAAAUUCAAGAUCUACGCCCAGAUUCCAGACACAGAGGUGGAGUUCAAGUCUCAGAGUAAAGAGGACAUGGAUGACGACAGUCAGCCAAUCAGAGGGAAGUUUGCCAUCAGCCAGAGACCCACUGUGCUCCUGCAGGGAGGACAGGCCCUCAUCACCUUCGAGGAAGAGAAAGUGGCCUAUCAGAUACUGAAGCUUGCCAAGUGCUCUGUAUCCUGUGACAACAUCAAUUUGGAUGUGAAACCAAGAAGAAUAACCAUGGAUCCUACUGUUAAGUUUGAGGUCCACCUCAAUGUUUCCAGAAAGGAGGUCAAGGUGUACAACAUCCCCCCUUCCAUGCCCGAGGAGAGAAUAAAGGACCGGCUGGAGAUGAGUUUCUCCAGACCCAGCAGAGGAGGAGGAGAGGUGGAGAGUGUGGAGUACGACAAGAACACUGGGACAGGACAGGUCACCUUCCUCCACCCUGGAGUUGCUGAGAGCCUGGCUCUGAGAGGCAGUUGCCGUGUGAAUCUGGACUCUGAAGUGAUCGUGCCGGUUGGAUCCAUUUACAAAUACCAGCUGCACCAGUUUCAGACCUUCUGCGGCUCUCCGAAGCGUACCAUCCUCCUGGAUGACAUCGAGGACAAGGAGGACGAGGAGGACCUGCAGGACCACCUGGAGAUCCACUUCCAGAAGCCCAGCAACUACGGCGGUGAGAUAGAGAGCAUCAAGUACAUCUCCGGUGGGAAGACUCUGCAGGCCUUCUUCUGUGACGACUCCCUUCAAACCUCCUAAAAGCUGCAACGUGAGCUCUGAUCGCCGAGUCUGCCUCCUAUGAUUGUUUGAAUUUUUAUAAUCAUAUCUGUAAUAUGAUAGUAUGUUAAUAUAUUAUGGGAAUUUCACUUAUUUGCUGUCUUGCUGAGAAUUACAUGAGAAGAUUUAGUGAUCAUCUCAUCUCUGUGGCCAUCAGCAAGGCACUCAACAAUGAUCCGUACGAGAGUCCCGACAUAUACUAUAGUGAACUGUAUAUGUGUAUGUCAACACCUGGAGAGGAUUCUCUGCCUCGUUGUAUGUAGAUGCCUGGUCCUAUGUUAACGCAGUGUUACACAGUCCCUUAGAAACUUGUUGAUUAUCCUCCAUUCAGUGCUCGGAAGUGCACAAACACACCGAAAGAUAAAUCAGUUGCCUCAGCGAUUGUCUGUAUUAUGAGCUGUUGUGUUUUGUCAUCUGAGAAGCCUUAAAAUUCAGCCUUAAAACUCUGUCUCUGACACUGGACUUCCUGUAUCCUGUUUUAAUGUCUCACCUCUACAAUUCUCUACAUGGUUUAAGCUUGUGCUGAGCUGUCAGCCUAUAUUUCUCUUCUAGUACAUUGGGCUCAUUAAAAGAUCGGAAUGUCGAAUCAA